AGGAUUUAGUAUACAAGAAGUUUUGUUGUGAAUGACAAGUUAGAAAAUUUUAGUCAUAAAUUCAGAAACUUUCGAAACAUUACAAACAAAUACAAAACCAAAACUUACACUUAACAUUAUAAUAAAUAUUAAUAUUACGAAGAAUAUUAAUCGUUAUUAAUUAACAAUAAAUAAUAAGUGAUAAAUAUUACACAAAGUGUCACAAAAAACUGAAAGAAAAUCAAGAAAAAAGUUAAAAUGGCAUUGAAAAAAGAAGAAGCGAUUCAAAUUAACGAACCAAAAGAGGAGAAAUCAGGUGAACCAUCAUUUUUGACUGAUUCGGAUUUCGAUUUCAUUGACACCACCUACAGAAUUCUUAGAACAUUAGAAAAGGAACCAACUGAUCAGAAUCAAAGAAUUAAACAAUCUCAAAAUGUGAACACUCAAUUGGCAGAAUUGCAGAAAAAAUUAAAUGCAGCCAGAAAUAAAAUCAAAAAAAUACCAGGAAUUGAAUUCAGUCAAGAGGAACAAUUAAAAAAUUUGGAGAAAUUACAUCAGAAUUUAAUUAAGAAGAGAGAAUUAAUUACAAAAUAUCGUAAUAUGACAAAUGUGUAAAGUUUUUUUUACUUCUAGUAAAAAAAUUAACAA